CCAUAAUGCAGUGCGGCGGCACGGACCCGGCGGGGACAUUCAAAAAAAACUAUGGCGGACGACUCGGCGAUCUUUAAAACUAUUUCAAACUCAGAAAAAGCGGAAAAAAAGUAUUUAAAUAAUGACGAAGAUGGUAAAACGAGGAGGCGCCUUUCAUUCUCAUCGGAAAAUAACGUCAGCCAACAAGAGGACCCGGAUGUUUCACGUAAAAUCUUAACGUUACAAAAUGUUCCCGACGAGUCGAAGUCGGGCGGCCGACUCCCUCCGGAAAUGUCCGAACAGCUCUCACUGCAGGCCUCAUGUUUACAGGCGAAAAAUACAGAAGAAUUAAACGAAGUUUCCAAAGAAAAUCAUCUUAAUUUACAACAGAGUGGUGUGAACGUCACUGAAGACAAGGAAAACACAGCUAUGCUAACAACAACCAGCACUACAGACGACACCACAGAGGAGGGCGCUUCUGGUCAGAGAGGUCUGCAGCAGGAUUCCAGCGGGACUGACGGGAAACAACACAGCGACACAGAGGACAGCGAUGCCGAGGUGGUGAGGAGAGCGCAGGAGGAAGGCCACGUGAACGUCGUCUUCCCCGGCCCCGUGAGUCAGGACGGCUGCUGCCGAUUUGUCAGCGAGAUCCUCAAGUGCAUCCUGUACCAGAGACAGCAGCUACCCAUGACGUACGACCAGCUGGUGUACUCUCAGAAGAAGCUGCAAGCGUCGAUGCAGGAUAAAGACAUAGUGAGCCGCAGGCCGGCGCCGUCUGCAGACGUGGACUUGCGAAAGUGUCAGCAGACCCUUCAGGAUCUGGAGGAGGUGCUGCAGCAGCUGGAGGUGCUCUUCUCCCUCAGCAGGGUGCCUCGGGUGCUGCUGCUCCUGGGCGGCUCCCUCGUCCUCCCCAAAGAGCUGUACGAGAUCAACCUGGAGAAUCUGGAAGUGGCCGGCGGGGAUCAGUGUCUGCGCGUCUCCUCCUGCUUACGGCAACUCUUCAGGACUCUGUUCGUGGCCGACCUUUUGUCUGACAGCAAACCGGUCCGCUUAAUGCCCACCACGGUCUUAGUGCUGGCUCACAGGGACUGCGGUGUGGGGUGGUUCCGCCCUAAACUACAAUUUAAAGUGCCGACACGUGUGAAAAACCAAACGAUUGUUCUCUCUAGCGAUCCCAACACCUGUAAGAAUCCGAGGGCCGAGGAGUCGGACGGGCAGGAUUACAUUUGGUUUCAGGCACCAAUGACGAUUAAAGGCUUUGGGAAGUGACCGGGGCGCUCUUUCUGGAGCGUGUGAUACUUUGCAGUUUAACAGUCGUUGAAAUGGGUGUUGAAUGAUUGUUUGUCAAUAUUUUUAUGAAUUAUGAAUUUAAAUUUUUACUUGAAAUUAAAAAGUGUCAUCAAAAACAACAGUGUUUACAAGGUGACUUAACAUUUUUUUAAUAUUAAAAAAAGCUUUGUUGUCAUGGAAUUAAAUCUGUUUGCGAACAGGA